UUGACAGCAUGCGUCCACCUCUCAGCCCCUGAGGGAGGCUAACCGGGUAUAAAAAUUGUCGCCCUUUCACCUGGAGGAUUUUGAAUGCGUCAUGCAAUGCCACGGUCAUGACAGGUUUUUCUUUUUAACGCUGUUCAUUGUGAGAAAUGGGCUGAAUAAAAUGCAGUCCGAAACUCCUAUCUAACUUCAUGGUGGCAUUGUGGAAAAGAAACUAUCAUAACGUGUCCAUCCGAGCGACGUUAAAUCCAGUGGAUACGACGGUUGUCAGGGCAGCUAGCAUGCAAAGCUAACGCUCCCCGGUUCAGUGUUAAGUUAGCUUGUAAAGACAUUACUGUAUUUCAGCGCUGACAGUUUCCUUGAGUCAAUGAGCAGAGCCAACCUGCUAACCCAUCUAGCUUGCCACUUUAGAAAAGUGCGGAUAUGUGGAGUUAAAAACAUGUCGUGCUGUCUGUCUUGUCUUAGCACACACUCCCGACAAGAGCUAGUUUGUUUUUGCAGCGUCAGGACACUGGAAUGUGGAGAAAUAUGUAUUUUUUUCACCCACAUUUGCAAUGUUUGAGCUUAGGAGCUGCAAUCGAUUCAAGGGGAGAUUUCCUUGGCCAAGGACAGGGAGAUUGACGUUUUUGGGAAGAAGGGCUCGUCCGAGCAAUCGAUGCGGGCAGUCCACCAGCCGGAAGCCCAGUUGGCCGCGCAGCACACCACUCAAUCAGUCUGAACAGCAACACACAGGGCUGCUGGCGACCAACAGAGGCAGAGGCUGUGCGACGGCAAAGAGGAGGCCCGUCCGAGGAGAAGGAGAGGAGCUUUCGUCUCAGCAUCAUGUGAUCUGCGCAUUUCCUCGGAGCGCUCCGUAGUGGAAGGGUGAAUAUACGCUCUCUUUUUUUGGAAGCAUCACAACCACUAGCACCCCUAUCACCACUAUCGCCACUCCUGACUGCAGUCAUCAAAGUCACCUCUUCUUGACUCAACUUGCCUUCUGUCUCUUUCUCUCCCCCCCUCCCCCCCUCCCCUUCAUCUCGGAGAUAAGGAAUGGCCGUGCUCCCUUCCAACUUCCCCGACGCCUCUCGCAAAUAAGGCCCUUUCAGUCUGUUUCACAAUACCAGAGAAAGGAGGGAUAAAACACUCCAAAGUCCCCUUUUAUACUUCUACUCUGUCUCUUUUUAUCUUUGUUUCCUUAGUAACUCAGCCCCUAACACACGCAUUCACUAAACCAACAGGAUUUUUUUUUUUUUUGCCCGGUGACAUCUACUGCAGCCAUUUUAAGGACACUGGCACUCAAGUUUUCAAACCUUAAGAAGAUUUUUUUACAAAUUUCCUCGGACAGACUUUUGGAAUAUCUACUCAUCCGGCGUCCCCAUGGGGGAUUAAAUCAGAACAGGAACCCACACUGACUCCGUUUUGGCACUGUUACAUCUUGUUAAGGUGGUUUUUCAGUGAAGUCUUUUUGUGACUGGAGGUGGACUUGAGCCAUCAUGGCUGGGAAGGGCAACCCGAUGCCGGGCCCCCACCUAAACGGCUUCCCCAUGCCCACCUACUACUCCUUUUUCCCACACAUGUUGGGGAGCAUGUCGCCUCCAGCCCUGUCAGGACUUCCCAUCAGUGGGUACAGCACCCCCUCACCAGCCACGAUAGAGACCCAGAGUACCAGCUCAGAGGAGAUAGUGCCAAGCCCGCCCUCACCUCCCCCGCCGCCCCGCGUCUACAAGCCCUGCUUUGUGUGCCAGGACAAGUCCUCAGGGUACCACUAUGGUGUCAGCGCCUGUGAAGGCUGCAAGGGCUUCUUUCGGAGAAGCAUCCAGAAGAACAUGGUGUACACUUGUCACCGGGAGAAGAACUGCAUCAUCAACAAAGUCACCCGCAAUCGCUGCCAGUACUGUCGGCUGCAGAAGUGCCUGGAAGUGGGGAUGUCCAAGGAGUCGGUGAGGAAUGACCGGAACAAAAAGAAGAAGGAAGAGAAGAAGCAGGAGUGCACAGAGAGCUACGUGCUGAGUCCUGACACAGAGCAGAUGAUCGACAGGGUUCGCAAGGCACAUCAGGAGACUUUCCCCUCUCUCUGCCAGCUCGGCAAAUACACUACGACUAACAGCUCAGAACGACGUGUAUCCUUGGACGUAGACCUGUGGGAUAAGUUCAGUGAACUCUCCACCAAGUGCAUCAUAAAGACAGUGGAGUUCGCUAAGCAGCUGCCUGGUUUCACAACGCUCACCAUCGCUGACCAGAUUACCCUGCUCAAAGCCGCCUGUCUGGACAUCCUGAUACUGCGGAUCUGUACACGCUACACACCAGAGCAAGACACCAUGACUUUCUCAGAUGGACUCACGCUAAACCGAACCCAGAUGCACAAUGCUGGCUUUGGUCCCCUUACUGACCUGGUUUUUGCCUUCGCCAACCAGCUCCUCCCCUUGGAGAUGGACGAUGCAGAGACAGGGCUGCUCAGUGCCAUCUGUUUGUUGUGUGGAGACCGUCAAGACUUAGAAGAGGCAGAUAAGGUGGACGUCCUGCAAGAGCCCCUUCUGGAGGCGCUGAAGAUUUAUGUAAGGAAGAGGAGGCCCCACAAACCACACAUGUUCCCCAAGAUGCUGAUGAAGAUCACUGAUCUGAGAAGCAUCAGUGCUAAAGGAGCUGAGCGUGUCAUCACCCUCAAGAUGGAAAUCCCCGGCUCCAUGCCCCCUCUCAUCCAGGAGAUGCUGGAGAACUCAGAAGGUCUGGAAAGUGGUGCCGCAGGUGGCCGGACCAGUGGUGCCCCCCCAGGCAGCUGCAGCCCCAGUUUGUCCCCCAGCUCUGCCCAAAGCAGUCCAGCCACACAAUCGCCGUAGUAACGGCCCACCUUUUUAUUUUUCCUCACGUUGCGCUCCGUCUCCUUCCUCGACGUUCUAAAGAGGAGGGGUGAAGGAGGGGGGCCUUGACUCUGACUGAGCCAGCCGCCUCCUCUGCUACGACACAAAUCCCCACCUCGUGAUCUGCUUUCCCCUCACUCAGGAACACUGUCCUGACGUGAGGGGAGGUAAGGCCGGGGCACGCAGGGGCAACAGGAUGCCUCUGAGAGACCACACCGUUAACACUGCUGAUGACUCCUCCUCCUUCUCCCUCCACUCUCCUCCCCUCUCCACCUUUCUCCAAAAGACUGACGGAAACAAAAUCCGAACACAACUCAGCAGCGGAGACCAGUUUUGACUGGAAGUGGGAGUGGGUGGGGCACCGCGGGACAAACAAUAUGGACAAGGACAAUGCAUUGAAUGACUUGACAAACACCAGACACUUUUUUCUUGUACUCUGAGGCAGACUGCAAGCUUGGGACUUGUCAGAAGACCCCCCCCUCCUCAAAGACUCUGGGUCUAUUCUCUUUUUCCAGCUUCAAAAAACAGAUUUCGUACAAAAAGAUAUAUAAAUAUAUAUAGAAAAGUUAAGGAACUAUUGUGAUUGACAUGUCCAGACAAGAAUGGCAAGUUGAAAUGAGGACAUGUUUUCUGAGAUUAGAAAUUGUUGUACUCCUUCACUGUUCGAAUCUUUUCAUACCCAUCAAGAGUAUUGAGAGAGACGUUUCAGUUUUAUCACAUUUGUACAUUAUUCUAAUUAACAAAAAGCAAAAGAUGUUGAAAUUUCUCUCUAGUCCACACAUGCAUACACACACAUACACAAACAUACACACACACACAGACACACACACACAGAAAUGUGCACAGAAAACAAGUCGCAAUGAAUAUCACCUACUAUUCCAGGUUGGAUUUGUUUUCCUUUUUUCUUUUUUUUUCUUUUUUUUUUUUUUCUUCCAAGAGAAUGGGAAAAAAAUGAUUGUAUGAACAUGGUUGUAUGAUAUGGUCACAGGUCCUUUCAAGAAAUCAAAUUAAUGAAGAUUCAUUAUUAAGGUGUAUUUUAAGUAGCCUUUGAGUUUGUGUAUAUAAGCUGUAUUCAUUUCUUUAAAACUAUGAAGAGUUUUAGGCUUCACCUGAUUUUUUUUUUUUUUUUUUUUUUUUUUUUUAAGAAUACCUUUUAUGUGUUUUGUUCAUAGGUUUGUGAUUCAAGAAAAGACAUUUUGAGCACAUUUUACUGAAGGAAGUUCUUUCAUGUUUUGUGUCCUACUAAAUACUGGACAGACCCCUUAACCAAUCACUGGCUGUUCAGAAUGUGGCUUUCACAAUUUCAACCUUUUCCCCCCCUUCACUUUUAAAACAUGUUUUUACAUACCCUAGAUAACAAAGUAGCACUCCAGUCGGGGCAUAGCUUUUUUUUUUGGCCAUGUAGCAGCAAGAGAUGGUGUUUCAGAAAAAACGGCGAGCUACAGCAGCUCGGCUUCAAAGAGAGUUAAAAUGUGAAGAUUGGUGUACAUACACACUGUAUUAAACACAAGUGAAUCUCCGCAGUCUCUGAAUGGAUCAGUAAUAUUUAGUGGAUGGGAAAAGACUAGAUUUUAGUUAUCCCUCUACUGUCAGUGGUCAGGCAAGUGAAGGUCCCAGAUGUGAUAUUUGUCAAGCCCUUACAAAUCUCCCCCCUGGCAACCUGUGGUAGAAACGAAUAUGUGACUUUUUUUUUUUUUUUUUUGCCGGAUCCAGAGCAACCUUGCACCCUGUGACUCACUUUACGCCAAAACGCCUUCACACACACACAUCUCAUCUAGACCAUCAUUACUGUACACACGCCAAUGUCUCAGGAAGGAAUCAUUUUGUGUGCUUGGCCUGUUCUUUGUAUAUGUUCUGUGCUGCACUCCCCAACCCUCCUAUCACAGAUGCACACAUACACACACCUCUGCUACUGAGCCCCUGAGUUUUUUUUUUCUUCAAUCACUCACUUUUGUUAGGCCUGGCAGACCAGGACUUGUGCAGAGAGACACUGACCCUGACCCUGCAACGUUACGACAUAGGAUGCCAGUGUGGAGUCUCUCUUGAGUCGUUCAUGUGUUCUUUUUAUUUGUACGGUCAAAGCUGCUUUCAUCAUUUAGGACUUAACCUGUCCAGAACAGCGCACAACUUUCCCUCCACAGCUAAUCUGGAAUAGCAACAGACACACCGUCAGUUUGAGAAGUAUGGAAUAUGUUGCAAUUUUGUCAAGAUUAUCAAGCGACUUUGAAAAAAAAAAAAAAAAACAACAAAAAAAGAUAAAAAUAAA